CUUGGGGGGGGGGGUAUUUUUGUUUUAUUUUGUUGUUGGUCCUUUUACAUUUUCGUUUCUUUUUUGUUUGUUUCUUUUCUAUUUCAGAUGCAAAAUUUGAAAACGAUCAACUCCGCUCUAAUUGGUUUUCACAGUUAUAAAAGUCACGUGACAUUUACUCGGAAGUUCCCAUAAUAAAUGGCGGAUGAUAUCAGUAACGAAUGAAAAUGUUGUUGUUGGAGCCUGUUAAGGCUGCUAUUUGGGAUUCGUUAAAUCACUAUUCCUAUGCUGAUGCAAUAUUCCUGGCAGAGAGACUAUUUGCUGAAGUGUCAAACAAUGAAGCCCUGUACUUGCUUGCCACAUGUUACUACAGAGCUGGACAGCUAAUGCAGGCCUAUGGUUUGCUCCAGAAACAAGGAUGCCCCACCCCUCAGUGUAAAUACCUCAUGGCACGAUGUUGUAUGGACAUAGGAAAGCGAUCUGAAGCAGAAGAAGUUUUGUCUGGGAAUCUGUUUUCAAAGGCAAAAAAUGUAGAUGAGAUUGAGAACGAAUUUGGUAGCAUGUCAUGCCAUGCACUUUCUAUUCUUGGUGCUAUUUUCAGUAAAACUGAGAGAAUUUCAAAGGCAGUGGAAUGUUACAAGAAAUCUCUUAAAUUAAACCCACUGUUGUGGUCACCAUUUGAAAGGUUGUGUUCACUAGGUGACAAAUCUGAUCCAUGCCAAGUCUUUCAAGUUCCUACCCAGAGUCAGUUUACUCCAGUCAUGCAGUUGACAGAGGUGCCUAGUUCUAUGACAACUUCAACAACAGUGAAAGCCCCCAUUCUCAAAGUCUCUGAUGUUUUAACUCCUGUGUCAGACAGCUCUCAGGCCUGCACAGAAGUGGAUACAAAUGUUUUAGAAACUCCUCAGCCCCAGACACCUACCAUUUCCCAGAUCUCUGUCACCCCAGAGAACAUCCUUGAGGCACCUCCCAAUAUCUUUGGUUGUCCAAGAACAAAAAAGAAAGUUAAACCCCGUACAGAAAAUGUGAUGAUCAGUGACCAGUGUGUUCAGAAAACUCUGUUCCAUAGUCCUCUUACACCGAGUUUUGGCCUUCUUCCCAUCACUCCAUCAGUGGAUCUGCCUCGUGCAGGGUUACCCUUUUUCACCCCCUCCCCUCCCGUGAACUGCCAGACAGACCUCCAAGCCCCUAAAAAGCCAGUAACAAGGAGAAAUCAGAAUGCAUUGCCAGUAAAACCUCCCGUGUUUAAUGUCAACAAUGGAACUAAUAAUACGAGAGAACCAACCUCAGCCACCAACAAUUCCUCACGGGAACCCGCUGUAGGAAUUCAGAACAAUCCUCCUGCUGUUAGACGAAGUUCACGAUUGUUUGGUAGUAAUAACUCUAGUUCUGUAAAGGAAAACAACAAAAGCCAGGGAAAUAAGUCCAGAUUUCAGUCAACUCGAGCCCUUGGACGAAAAUCAAAAACAAAAAUCACAAAAUCUCAAGAACUCAGCAUUGAGAGAAAACCAGAAUUAGAUGUGAAACCUGUUAGCAAUGUUGAAGCUCCAACGCAGACUGAAAUUAUCCAGAUGCAGCAACAAUCACUUACGGGUAUUUUAAACCUCCUGCAAUGCAUUGGACGUGCUAUUCAGGCGCUUUCACAGUAUGAGUGUAAAAGAGCCAUAGAGACAUUUCAAGAACUUCCCUUACACCAGUACAAUACAGGCUUUGUGCGUAGUAAGAUCGGCAGGGCUUACUUUGAGUUAUCUGAUUAUGCUCAGGCAGAAAAGUAUUUUUUUGACAUGAGGUUACAAGAACCGUACUACUUUGAGGGAAUGGAGAUUUACAGUACCACGCUGUGGCAUCUUCAGAAGGAGGUGGAGUUAUCGUCACUAGCCCAGGAAUUAUCAGAUCUGGACAAAAAUUCACCACAGGCAUGGUGUGUCACUGGAAACUGUUUUAGUUUACAAAAGGAACAUGACGCUGCAAUAAAAUUUUUCCAAAGAGCCAUACAGAUUGACAGCGGUUUUGCCUAUGCCUACACACUUCUGGGUCACGAGUAUGUGUUUACUGAGGAGUUAGACAAAGCCAUGUCCUGUUUUAGGAAUGCCAUUCGAGUAGAUCCCAGGCAUUAUAAUGCAUGGUAUGGUGUGGGCAUGAUUUAUCAGAAACAGGAGAAAUUCAGUCUAGCAGAGGUUCACUUCAGAAAAGCCCUCAGUAUCAACCCCAAGAGUCCAGCUCUUCUGUGUCAUAUAGGAGUGGUUCAGCAUGCUCAGCAGAAGUCAGAGAAGGCAUUGAUAACGUUAAAUAAUGCCAUAUCCAUAGAACCAAAAAAUCCCUUGUGUAGAUUCCACAGAGCUUCUAUCCUUUUCUCCAGUGAUAAACACAAGGAGGCCUUGACUGAGCUAGAACAAUUAAAACAGAUAGUUCCAAAAGAAUCACUUGUGUACUUCCUUAUUGGAAAGGUUCACAAAAAACUUGGAAAUACACACCUGGCAUUGAUGAACUUUUCCUGGGCAAUGGAACUUGACCCUAAGGGUAUAAAUAACCAAAUCAAGGAGGCCAUAGACAAACGCUACGCCACUGAUGAAGAUGAGGCGUCAUCUCAGAUAGAUGAUUCAGUUUUACUGCCAAUGGAAGAGCAUGGAGACGAAGCAUCAGGAGAAUUUCAAUUGCAUGCAACUGAGAGUGAUGAGAGUUUAUGAUAAUCAACAUUAGGGUGCAGAUCUGCAAGAGUGCUACCAUGUAUAUGGUCCAGAAGAUGUGAUAAAAACAUUUUAGUGCAUAGGGUAUAUUUUCACUCCGACAGGUUUUACCUUUCAGAGAUUUAGUUAAUUUAUAUGGAGUUAUGGACAUUAAAUAGAUUAUGGCUCUAGUGACUCAAAAUUCCAAGCCAAAUGCUCUGUGAUGAUCUGAUAUCACGUUAUUAGCUGUUUUAUGUGUGUCAUAUAGGCAAUUAUGUAUUGUGUUUUUAGUGGUAAAAAAUAUACUUGUUUCAGCAACAAGUAUUCUAUGAAAAGAAAACUAUUGACUCAAUAUCAGUUUUAAGAAUGCACGAAAUAAAGUCAGAAAAGUA